UCCAGGAAAAUCGUGGCCCGCAUCACACAAACCUCCAAGUGCAAGUGUCCUUAGUAGUAGCAGUAGUGUGUGAGUGUUGUGUUCUGAGUUCGUGAGUUGAAAGAAACGCACGUUCCAAAGCCCCGUUCUGCUGUCCGUGCUGCCGACCGACCGAACCGACCUCCGGAGCGAGCAGAGCAAAUAAAUUAACGCUAAUUAAUCCACCAGCAGCAGAAAGCGGAAAGCUGGCGCUAGCGCUGUGCAGUAGUGGCCUCGCGAGAAGUGAGCUUAGAUUAAUUAAAUGGACACUGGCGACGCCGCCGGUCGGUUGUCGGUGAUACUGGAUACGCCGGUGGGCCCGAAAAUGACUCCAACACCGAAGACCACCGCCACCACCGGCACGUCGAGCAGCUCUGCGGCGGACGAGGGUGGCCCGAUGAAGCGCAGGAUGAAGCAAAAGGUGGACUUCCGCGAGGACACCAAUGGUGCGGCGGAAGCGAUCAACGACUCGCCGAAACCCCCGGCGUCGCUUCUCACCAGUCCGGUGACGGACGAAGACUUUGAGCUGCUGAUCGACCGCAGCAUGCAGGAUCUGGAGAUGAUCCGUUCCGAUUCCGAUUCCGACUUCGGCGAUGAUCACGGGCUUCCGCCGCAGCGACCAACCACGGAGAGCGCGGCGGACCGGUCGACUGGCGGACGGUUCGCCGGUUCCACGCGUCCCAAGAAACACCCGAUUGCCGGCCAUCCGUCCACGUCGUCCUGGAGCGACGGUGGCAGCAGCAACGGGAGUGACGUCGAGGAGGACGACGAACUGGUGGUGCCCAGCAGUGGCCGUGAUGGACCACCACCACCAGCACCACCGCCACCUCCGGUAGCGGCAUUUUGGAUUCCGUUCCAGCCGAUGGAAUCGGCCGGCACUCCGUUCCGGAUGACGGCGUCCGCAACGACCACCCCGCUGAGUCCUGGGCGUCGGAUGGAUAGUUUGCUGUACGGUUCGGUCUCCCUGCCCAAGGUUCUGCCAUAUUACGUUCGCCGCCGCUUGUCCGAGUGCCGCGAGGAGGACGAAGAAGACGAGAAGCAGCAGCAGCAGCUACCGCCCGUUGCGCCACCGCCGUCGCUCGUGGUGCCCGCGAUUGUGGUGGCCACCACGAAUGGCCGAACGGCGACAGUACUUCAGCCUCAGCGGGGUGCCGUAGCGGCGACAAACGGAAACUGGGUCACCCAGACGGAGGAUGAAGAUGUGGUGCCCCGCAAAUCACGCUUCAUGGUCACGAAAGCCCUCCCGGAGCCACCACAGCAGCAGUUCCGACUGCGACCGGAAACCAUCAAGCUGUUGCCGGUGCCGGCGUCCCAAAACUCACAAACCAUCCACUUUCCGUGCAGCGGCAGCAGCAGCAGCAGCGGCCACAGUCAGACCUCGCUGCGGGCCAUCUUCACGCCGGCUUCGCCACUCGCUACGCCACAUCUCGAUCGGCGCUACUUCGACACGUCGCUGGUAGAGAUCCGUCCUCUGUCCGGCAGCCGCGAUUCGCUGCCGGGCACUGACCAGCAACAUCCGCCACAAGCAACGACAGGGCAGUCAUCAACACCGACUAAACCAUCGCCAGCCAGCAACAUUCCGUUCGAGCUCGACGAAGUGUGGGUCAAGCGACCGGAUCCGGUGCCUCCGAAACCAAGGGUGGAUGUCGGCGGCGGCGGCGGUGGCAAGGCGGCCACCUUACCAGCCAACGCAAAGCCCAACUACUCCACCAAAAGCGUAAGUCGAUCGGAGCGUCACAAUGCGUAAUUAUCUGUCUCUUGGGAUUGUGAUGCAGUCGAUGGCGGCACCGGCAGCAACUUCCAGCGCCCUUCGACGGCCCCCGCAGACCCAUCGGCGACUCGGGCUUCCAAGAAGCAGAAAAAGAGCGAGAAGGAAGCCAAAAAGCAGGAAAAGGAGGUGAUGAAGCUGAAGCGUGAGGAGGCGCGGCGCGCAGAACGGGAAGCGGCCAAGCUGGAGAAGCUGGAGAAGCUGAACCGGAAGCACGAGAGCCUCUCCCGUAGCUCGGAGCGGGUCGGGUCCAGUGUCCGAUCGGGAUCGCUCGAGAGGCGCCGCAGCGGCGAAGAGGCGCCCGUACUCAACCAAAGCACCGUGCACGGCAUUGCCAGUCCCAAUCGGCGCCCGACCAUCUUCGACGUGUUUCGGCAACGGAAGGGUUCCGAUUCGAAGAAGAAAAAGUCGGACGACGGCAGCCGGUCGGGUUCGGAUAGGGAUUCGACCGGGAUGGGCGGCAGUGGCCCCAUCAGCAGCGCGUCCGGUGGCGGCAUUAUGAACAGUAUGAUGGCAGCACUGCACGUCGGGGGCCGCCACAAUCACCCGCAGCAGCAGCAGCAGCAUCAGCAGUCACCGCAGCCCGCAGCGGCAGCGGCUGGUUCCAGUGCCGCUGCCAAAGUUCGUGAUGGUUCCGCUCAUCCGCACGCGGGCAGUGAUGCGCAGUACUACCACACGGUGACGGCUGUGCGCCGGGCCGACGCCGGCAAGUCUCCGAUGACGAAGGUGAUGGAUCUGUUCCGGCACCGCUCCAACUCGGCCGUGUCCGAAGCCGACAAGCGUAAGGCGAAAGCCGCCGCUCAGCACCAGCAACAGUUGGCAGCGCAAACGGCUCACAUGCGAAGAGCUUCCGCGGAGCUUGCAGAACGUCGUCGGGCAUCGCUUGGAGCAACUCGCGGAUUGCGUGCGGACGGAACACUCGAUCCGUACCACGCCGCCAUCCUGUUUCGUGAUUCAAGAGGGCUGCCCGUUGCCGAUCCAUUCCUGGAGAAGGUGCCCCUGUCCGAUCUAGAAGAGGAUGAGUCACAGAUUUUCGUCAAGUUCUUCCGAUUUCAUAAGUGCUACGAUCUGGUGCCGACCUCGGCCAAGCUGGUCGUCUUCGAUACGCAGCUGCUGGUGAAGAAAGCGUUCUACGCGCUGGUCUACAACGGGGUCCGGGCGGCACCGCUCUGGGACUCGAAGCGGCAGGAGUUUGUUGGCAUGCUGACGAUCACCGACUUCAUUAAGAUUCUGAAAAUGUAUUACAAAUCACCGAACGCGUCGAUGGACGAGCUGGAGGAGCACAAACUGGACACCUGGAGGAAGGUGCUUCAGGAGGACGUGAAGAAACUCGUCAGCAUUGGGCCGGACGCUUCGCUUUACGAUGCCAUCAAGAUGCUGGUCCACAAUCGCAUCCAUCGAUUGCCUGUGAUUGAUCCGGCCACUGGCAACGUGUUGUACAUAUUGACUCACAAGAGGAUACUUAGAUUCCUAUUUUUAUACAUUAAUGAACUACCAAAGCCAUCGUACAUGCAGAAGACCCUCCGAGAGGUGCGCAUUGGCAGUUACGACAAAAUCGAAACGGCAACCGAAGACAUGAGCAUCAUCACGGCACUGUACAAGUUCGUCGAUCGCCGAGUGUCCGCCCUGCCGCUGGUGGACAGCGAGGGACGCUUGACGGAUAUUUACGCCAAGUUUGAUGUUAUCAAUUUGGCCGCUGAGAAAACGUACAACGAUCUGGACGUGUCGCUGAAGAAGGCAAACGAACAUCGAAACGCGUGGUUCGAAGGCGUACAGCGGUGCAAGCUGGACGAGACGCUCUUCACCAUCAUGGAGCGCAUCGUGCGGGCCGAAGUCCACCGGCUCGUCGUCGUGGACGAGGAGGAGCGGGUGAUCGGUAUCAUUUCACUGUCGGACAUUCUGCUCUACCUGGUGUUACGCCCGAGCGGGGACGGUAUCGGCGACUCGGAGUCACUCCGCGCGACCGAUCCGAAGCUGAUGAAGGCAAACUCGCCGCCGCUCGCCAACAACAGCGGCGCUGGUAAACAGCUCCUGCUGGCGGGCGCCAAACGCGACAGCAACGAAAGCAUCGAAGAGGAGAAGGAAACCACCGAAGAGGAGGACGAGGAACGACGGUUGGCGACGGCGGUGGGAUCGAUGGCGGUGAACGACGGCGAGGACGACGAAGCACACAAGACUGAAGCGGUGACCGAUGAUACGCCAACGGCACUGGAUGAUGUGGAAGCAACCGAUGAUAGCAGCGCCCCGGAGACGGCAGCGGCCGAAGAGGAGAUGGCCGAAGAAGCGAAAGAAUAUCCGGAGGCCGGUGGAGAUGGUUCUCCGGUUGAUCGCGCCAGUGCCAACGAUUCGCCCGUUGCCCCCGAGAUGCUGGCCACCACCGAUGUCCCGCUGGCCACCGUCCAGCGUGAGGUGGGACUGGUAAGCGAGUAGAGCUGUGUGUGCAACAACGCAAACGUUCCAUUCGGUGGUGGCGAUUCGGGCUUCACUCCGUCUGCGCUGUGCUGUGCGCUUACUACCGAUGAUAUGUAUGUAUGUAUGUGUGUGUGUGGGGGAGGUCUGUGUGAUAUACAAAAGCACCACGAUGCCGAACGCGUGGUCAGAAUGGGCAAUUUGCCACGAAGAAGAAGAAGCUGAUGAGAAAGACGGCGUGUGUCGGUGCCGGCGAGCCGAGAGAGUUUCACUACGGACACGCGCGCAAAGUACGCCUAACUGCGCGACGCAGCAGCAAAAUGUGUAAAGCGAAGAAAGCGAUAACAAACGAUAGUGUAAGUACAAAACCAAUAGUGAAAAACGUAAGCGCUUCAACCAAGCAGCAUAAAACAAAGUAGUGUGACCGCGAAGCAGGAUAAUAGUAGAAUCCGCCGAGCCGCGUCGCGUUUGAUAGCGACAGAGAGGGUAUUGCAAAAUAUAUCCACCUGUUUGCUCUCCGCACAGCGAAUGAUCCAUUUGCUUAAUACAAACACACUCCGAUCGCCAGUUCUGCUAUUCCGCAUACCACACAAUAUACGCUAAAUAUUGUAGAGGAAGCAUCGAGAGAGAGAGAGAUACCAAAAAGGAACAAGAAAACAAUGCAAACAAUGGCGCAAAGCACACAAGGACGAGAGUUGUAGAGAGACCGCCCGUGCGAUUAAUCUCACACGAAAUUAACUUUCCUUUCCAAACGCGCGCACUAGGCCCACACGAAUACAGUUUACAUGUUUUAAUCUUCUUUUAAUAAACUGCCGGAAUAUAAUUUUACUUGGCCCCAUUUUCAGUUCCUCACUAUCUCAGGCACAAUAAACUUUGUCCGUACAUUUUGUUUUAGGCGUAGUGUGUGAGUGACACUAACAAGAUAACAACAAUUGCUUCGGAAUACUAUCUAUCGGAAGGAUUUCAACUCUCUCCUACACAGAGCGCCACUUAAAGGAGGAAGGAUUGUACCGGGAACGCGCACGCGGGUUUUUGUUGAAACUGUGAUGCGCGAAUUGUGAAAAAUUCGAUCGGUAACGCUCUGGCGAGAGAAAAGUGAAAACCAAACUUAUUUGAUAAUUAUUUAAAAUAUUAGCGUAGAGUAGUGAAACACACGUUGCAUGAUGCUGUGUGCACCGGUGUGUUGGAGCGAAACGAAACCCAGAAGCAUAACUUGUGAAUAGAUAGGACGACACUAGGAAACGAAUACGACAACAGCGAUGUGAGUAAGCGAUCGCGCUCCGCGGCUGGAUUUGGCAGCCCAGACAGAAGAGGCAGGACACGAUUUUGUUUUGUUUUGGGGUUUGGUAACUAUUCCUCAGUCCCCUCACAAUGAUGCUUCCUCUUUUAAAGGUGACCCUUUGUCGCACGCGAGCACAUUCGAAAAAAAAGCGUACACAACACUACUCAUUCUGUUCCAUCCAUUCGGUUUCGUAGCGUGAAAUGGUCGGUGGGCACGGUGCAACAACCGUAUCCGCACGAUGGACAGUUGUCGAGAAGGGAACAUGGAACGUUUGGAAUGAAGGUAAAACCAAAACAACAAAUGCGCGGGGGCUAGCUGGCUGGAAUGGUGAUUAUAAAAGAGUAAGCGAUAAGGACACACACACACACACAGGAUACACACCCAAAAGCUCUUGUGCUACUGAUAAGGUGAGGAGAAAGGAGAAAAUGCUCUGCUUGGUUACUGUUGUGUUGUGCCUCAAAACAAAAUGCUUUUCCAUUUGUGUGUGGGAUAGUAGAGAGAGCAUAUUGGAUCGAUCGGAUCGAAGGGACAGUCAGAAAAAGAGAGAGUAGAUUGUUGGUGUCAACACCACACCACAAUUCACAGUGCCGAUUGCCGGUCACUGUGGGAGCCUAACGCUGAAACAGAGAGAGAUAGAGAGAGCGAGUGAUUGGGUUGUUGAAAAUUGUGUAUAAAACAAAACCUCUAGUUAUGUUGUUCCGCUAAAACAGAAAAAGAACUAAUAAAAAUAAAAAAGUUAAACACCUCGA